UGUAGAGUUAUUCCCCUUACAUAAAAUGGCUGCACCCACGUGUUGUAAUGUAAAUUGUAAACAACCGACUUAACCACUACUUUUAGAAAGAAUAUUGUCAACUUUAAGAAUGGAGGAUAAAGAACACAAACCGUAUCGUCCACGGGCUGCAGGAAUAAAAGCUCGAAAGAAAAAAGCAAAGAUUGAGACCGAUGACAAAGAAGAGUUGACACCAAAACAACGAAAUCCAAAAGCUUUUGCUAUUCAGUCGAUCAGGAAAACAGAGAAAACUGUUAGAAGAACUCUUGAUCUGAAUGUGAAGAAACAACACAUUCCAUUGGUUGAUAGAACACCGAUUGAGCCUCCACCAAUCGUUGUAGCUAUUGUUGGACCACCUAAAGUAGGGAAGACAACUCUGUUGAAAUGUCUGGUGAAGAACUAUACGAGACAAAACUUGUCGAAUGUGAAUGGUCCUAUUACAGUAGUAGCAGGAAAGAAGAGAAGAAUAACGUUUAUAGAAUGUAAUAAUGAUAUUAACUGUAUGAUAGAUGUUGGUAAAAUAGCUGAUCUGGUAUUAUUAAUGGUUGAUGCUAGUUUUGGUUUUGAGAUGGAACAGUUUGAGUUUUUAAAUAUUUGUCAAGUUCAUGGUUUUCCGAGAAUUAUGGGUGUUUUGACACAUCUGGAUACAUUUCAAGAAAAUAAACAGAUGAGAAAAACGAAAAAGAGGCUUAAAAACAGAUUCUGGACAGAAAUUUAUCAGGGUGCUAAAUUAUUUUAUCUAUCUGGAAUGGUUUAUGGAGAGUAUCAAAGAAUGGAGAUACAUAAUUUAUGUCGAUUUAUUUCUGUGAUGAAGUUCCGACCUCUACACUGGAGAACAACUCACCCAUACAUUUUAGCCGAUAGAAUGGAAGAUAUAACUGGUGGUGAAUUGAUACGACAGAAUGGUAAAUGUGAUCGUAAAGUCUGUCUCUAUGGUUACGUUCGUGGAACUCACAUGAAAAACAAACAGAGUAUACACAUACCAGGUUGUGGCGAUUUUGAUAUAAAUGAUAUACAAGCUACACCUGACCCUUGUCCUACACCUGAUAAGAUUAAAAAACGUUCGUUAAACGAGAAAGAGAGAAUGGUGUAUGCUCCUAUGGCAGGUGUUGGUGGUAUCGUGUACGAUAAAGAUGCUGUGUAUAUUGAUGUAGGAGGAAGUCACUCUUAUAAUCUAACAGAGGAUAGUAAACCAACCAAUGAACUUGUCUCAAAUCUCAUGGACAUGAUGAAUCCUGUCGAUGAAAAGAUGACAACCAGUAAAAUGUCGGUAUUUUCUGGAACUCAACCAAUGACAGCCGAUGAUACAGAAGAUAUAAGUUAUCCUUUAGAAGAACGAGUUGAAGGAUCCGAUGGUAGAAUACGUAGACGUGCAGUAUUUAAAGAUGGCGACGAGCUUAACGAUGAUAGCGGCCAUGAAGAUGGUGAAGAUGACGACGACGAUGAUGAUGAUGACGAUGAGGACGAAGACGAGGAAGAUGAUAGUGAAGAUGAUGUACCACCAGUCAAAAAGUCAAAGGUUUCUAAAUCAAAUAAAGAAGAAGAAUUUGCUUUUGCCGAUAGUGACGAUGACCUAGAGGAUGAAUUAAUAUUAAAAGCGAUGAAAUUAAAGAAACAGAAUGAUGAUGAUGAUGAUGAUGAUGAUGAUGAUGAUGAUGAUGAUGAAGAUGAUGAAAGUGAUAAUGAAGACAAUAGUGAUAGUGACACUGAUAAAAAUACGAAAAAAUCUAAAUUAAAAAAAUCCAAAGACAAAAUUGUGAAUGAUGAGGAGGAUUCUAGUGAUAUUAGUCAAUCUGAUGAUGAUGAUGAUGAUGAUGAUAUUAGUCAAUCUGAUGAUGAUGAUGAUGAUGAUAUGAAUGAAGAAGAUAAUGGUGAUGAUAUUGAAGAGGAAGAAAUUGGUCAGGGUUUAAGGUGGAAGAGUGAUUUAGUGGAAAAAGCAGCAGCAUCAUUUAAAGCCAGACAAAAAGGAAAAAUAAAUUAUAGAAAACUUAUUUAUGGAGAAGAAUUAGGCGUGGCAGAUGAGGAAGAUAAAGAUGGCGAUGAACUUGGCGGACUUUUCAAAGUUUUAAAACAGAAAAGUGAUCAGACUAAAAACGACAGAUUUUCUAUAAAUAAAACAGACUGUUCCAAAUAUUUCCCUGAAAAUCCACAGGAUUGGUCACUGGAGGAGGUAACAGCCAGUAUAAAAGAUUGUUUUAUAACUGGACAAUGGUCAAAAGAUAAAGAUGCUAAAGCCAGACUCGAUUUAGACGACGAGUUGUAUGGAGAUUUUGAAGAUUUAGAGACAGGUGAGAAAUUUACUGGUCCUGAUGGAGAGAAGGAUGAUGAUGAUGAUGGAGAGAAGGAUGAUGAUGGGGAAGAUGAUGAGAUGAAGAAGGACGAUAAAGGUGAAGAAGACAAACCAGAAACGGAGAGAAAGAAGACGAAAGCUGAAAUGACGGCUAAUGAAAGACGAACUAUUCGUAAAGAGAGACAGAAAGAAGCGUUUGAUGAACAGUAUGAUUUAAAAGAUGACUCCGCGUAUUAUGAUUCGUGGAAAUCAGAUCUAGAUAAACAAGCCAAGUUAAAUAAAGCUGAGUUUGAAUCCAUGCCAGAUGAAUUGCGUAUACAGUAUGAAGGUUAUAGACCAGGAUUAUAUGUUAGAAUAGAAUUACACGAUAUCCCGUGUGAAUUCGUAACAAACUUUGACCCCACGUAUCCUGUUAUUAUUGGAGGAUUACAGAAUGUUGAAGGAAAUGUCGGAUUUGUUCAAGCAAGAUUCAAGAAACACAGGUGGUACAAAAAGAUUCUCAAGACAAGAAAUCCAGUUAUUAUCUCCCUUGGAUGGAGACGUUUUCAAUCUAUGCCGCUUUAUUCUGUACAAGAUCAUAAUUUUCGUCAACGGUUGUUAAAAUACACACCGGAACAUCUACAUUGUCAUGCUGCCUUUUAUGGACCAAUAACCCCACAAGGUACAGGUUUACUAGCAGUAGAGAGUGUAGCUGGUAGAGAGCCUGGUUUUAGAAUAGCAGCAACUGGUGUAGUGCUGGAACUUGAUAAAUCUUUACAAAUUGUUAAAAAAUUAAAAUUAACAGGAUUUCCCGUUAAAAUUUAUAAAAAGACAGCUUUUAUAAAGGGUAUGUUUAGUUCAGCAUUAGAAGUGGCGAAAUUUGAAGGUGCUAGUCUACGGACGGUCAGUGGAUUAAGAGGUCAAAUAAAGAAAGCUUUACGAACCCCAGAGGGAGCUUUCAGAGCAACUUUUGAAGAUAAAAUUUUAAGAAGUGAUAUUGUAUUUGUCCGAACUUGGUGUCCAGUUGAAGUACCAGAAUUCUACAACCCAGUCACAACUCUUUUACUUCCUCGUGAUCAGAAAAAAUCCUGGGUCGGGAUGAGAACUCUUGCUCAGUUGAGGAGAGAAAAGGGAAUUCGUCUUGAACAAAAGGCCGAUUCAAUUUACAAGCCUGUUAUACGUAAGAAUAAGAUUUAUAAACCACUGGUUAUACCGAGAGGUUUAAAGAAACAGUUACCAUUUAAAGCUGUACCAGAAUCAUUGUUACGUAAAAAAGAAAGUAGCAUGAAAAGAGUCGCUGUAAUUAAAGACAAGAAAGAGAAAAAGAUAACGAAUAUGAUGUCGAUGAUGCAGACGUUAUAUUCUCAUAAACAACAGCAGAAGAAAAUCGCGUUAAAACAGGCUGGAGAAAAACGCAAAAAAGAAAUCAAGAAAGAUGAAAAGAAACGAAAUCAGCGACAAAAAGAAUUGAAGAAAGAAAUAUUUAAACAGAUCGGACGAUCAGAGAAGAAAAAAGACUGAAUUUGAAAAACCUGAUGAAGGGUUUUAUUAUAACAUGGAUUGUAUAGUUACGUGGUGGAUGUCAAUCAUGGCCAUGUUUGAAAAUAGGAAUUUGAAAAAUAUGCUAGUUUUUACGGUUUAUAAGUUGACUAAUGGACCCUAAGAAAUUUCAGUCAAUUUUGAAGACAGACGGUCAAGACUAGCAUAUAUGACCGCACGAGUUGAAACCCCAUGUUUCUAAUCAUAACACUCGCGUGUUAUAUUCUGUCAACUAUUGAUAUGAAUACGGACAAAUUCUUAUGAAUGUAAAAUGUACAAAUAGAGUGUCAGAAAUGAAAACUUUUGAAGUUUCUCUUUCAGAAAAUGCGACAAAUUUAAGUCCAAAUGUAGUUGAUAUCAAAAGUUCUAGAGUUCAUUAUCCUGUGGUGACUACUGUACCUCCAUGGACCAUCUUAUUAUACACAUAGCUUGAAAAAAAAUAAACUGAAGCUCCAAUAUUUUAAAUAUUCAAAAACAAAAUUACCAAAACACUGGUAAUUAAAAAAUGGAAGCGAGCAUUGUUCACAAAUUGCAUGCCACAAAUAUUUUUGUCUUUAAUUGACUGACAGCAAUAUCAAGUGGUAAUACUUUUAUACAUGUCAUUUUGUGUAAAUGACUUUGUUCAAGUGUGUUAGUCCCAAAAUGACCUAGUUUGUGUUGAGUGGACGUUAAACCCCAUUUCUCUCUCUCUCUUGUUCAAGUGUGCAUAUUGAAUAUAUGUACAUAUGUUUUGUGUAAAUGAAUUAUAUCUAAUGUGUAUAUUGAAUUCAUAUUACAUCAUGAAAAUAUAGAUAAAAUACUUAUUAUAAAUACA